AUUGGCCCAACGGUGUAUCACGUGGUCCGGAAGUGAAGGGUCCUGAUGUGUUUCUGGAGUGCAGGAGGGUUCCGAUAAGAUUCUACGGUGUUCGGCUGGAUUUCCUGGUGGAGAAAAUGGACACAUUAAACAAACUGAAGCAGUUUGACGCUUAUCCUAAAACUCUGGAGGAUUUCCGGGUGAAGACGUGGGGAGGAGCGACCGUGACCAUUAUCAGCGGCGUCAUCAUGUUCGUUCUGUUCGUCUCUGAGCUGCAGUACUACCUGACCAAAGAGGUCCACCCGGAGCUCUACGUCGACACGUCGCGAGGAGACAAACUCAAGAUCAACAUUGACGUCAUUUUCCCUCACAUGCCCUGUGCCUAUCUCAGUAUUGACGCCAUGGACGUGGCCGGAGAGCAGCAGCUGGACGUCGAACACAACCUGUUCAAGCAGCGGCUGGACAAAGAGCUGAAACCCGUCACCACCGAGGCAGAAAAACACGAAAUGGGUCAGGCUGAAGACGGGGAAGCGUUCGACCCGAGCACUCUGGACCCGAACCGAUGUGAGAGCUGUUACGGCGCAGAGACCGAUGACCUGAAGUGCUGCAACACCUGUGACGACGUGCGCGAGGCGUACCGGCGGCGCGGCUGGGCCUUUAAGAGCGCCGACACCAUCGAGCAGUGCAAACGCGAAGGCUUCACACAGAAGAUGAUGGAGCAGAAGAACGAGGGCUGCCAGGUUUACGGCUUCCUGGAGGUCAAUAAGGUGGCAGGAAAUUUCCACUUUGCUCCAGGAAAGAGUUUCCAGCAGUCGCAUGUUCACGUGCACGCUGUGGAAAUUCAUGACCUGCAGAGUUUUGGUUUAGACAACAUCAACAUGACCCACCUGAUAAAGCACUUGUCGUUUGGUAAAGAUUACCCCGGCAUCGUAAAUCCGCUGGACGGAACCGACGUCUCGGCGCCGCAAGCAUCGAUGAUGUACCAGUAUUUUGUGAAAAUUGUUCCAACCAUCUACGUAAAAACAGACGGAGAGGUGGUCAAAACGAAUCAGUUUUCCGUCACCAGGCACGAGAAAGUCGCCAACGGUUUAAUAGGAGAUCAGGGUCUGCCGGGCGUCUUUGUUCUCUACGAACUUUCACCCAUGAUGGUCAAAUUUACAGAAAAACACAGGUCACUGACUCACUUCCUGACGGGCGUGUGCGCCAUCAUUGGCGGCGUGUUCACAGUGGCCGGUCUCAUCGACUCGCUCAUCUACCACUCGGCGCGCGCCAUCCAGAAGAAGAUAGAGCUGGGCAAGGCGUCCUAACGACGGCGCCCCCCAGUGGCCGCACAGACCGAGACGCUGAGCACCCAGAGGACUGAAACGGGCGGCGAGGCGGGGGGAGAAACUCGCCUCUUCUCCAUGAACUAGACCUGAAACAAACCGAGAGAGAAAUCCAGAGCGGUGGAGCCGUUUGGAUUUUCCUAUCUGCCGUUCGGAGACGGACAGGCCGCGGGGGCGGAGCAACGGGAGGACGCCGCCACCAGGAGCAAGAAGCCGCUCCAUCGCUACGCUCAGCGUUUGGUAGGAGAGCGAGGAGCAGCAGAGACGAACAUUUUUAAGCUCAGAUAAUUUAUUCCAUCUUCUCUGACUCGCAUGGUUCAGGCUGUGGAGCGACUUUUUCUUCCAUAUCUGCAGCAGAUCUGAUGAAAACAAAGUGAAUCCUUCCAACAGCCGCUCAGUGUUCAGAGAAAACCCAGCAGAGAUCCACCUGCAGCACCGCAAGGUAUUAACAAGGAGAAGAAGAAGAAACUGCUCAUUAAACUACUAAAACAGCGGCUGGUUGUCACUCCUUACCGCACUGCAGAAACACUACAGCUAAGGCAGUUCUGCACUGCAAAAACAUAAAAUCUAACCAAGUAUUUCUGACCUACAGUCAAGUGCAAAUAUCUUCACUUGAAAUAAGACAAAAUUAACUUACAAGUAACUUUUGAGCAAGGUAAAGGAGCUUGUUUUAAGUAAAUAAUUCAUUAAUAUUAAUUUAAAAAUAUCAAUAUUAAGCGUAUUUCCUAGUAGAACUAGGAAAUAUAUCUUUCCUAGUUCCACUGACAGAUUAUUUCACUUGAAAUAAAACAUUUUUUUCAUGUUAUAAAUGAAAUAAUCUGCCAGGAGAUCUAAGACUUUUUAUCAAAAUUUAGGAAUUACUGACUUCAAACAAGCUGGUAUUUCUUGCUUAAAAGUUACUUGUAAGUUAGUUUUGUCUUAUUUCAAGUGAACUAGAAACUAAACCAAAAAUCUUAGUUUAGUAUUUUGCAGUGCAGAACCUCCUUUGAUUUUCAACAAGAAAUUAGAUUAGUUGCUGAAGCUGGUUGGAUGCUGGUUGGAUGCUGGUUGGAUGCUGGUUGUCCAGGUAAACAUCCAUCUGUAUUAAAGUUUCUGGCAGAAAACAGGAAAGGUUCUGCAGCUUCCUGUGGGUUAGACGCCGGGUCAGAUCUGGUGUCGUCUGUACUGGAGGUUCUGAUCCGUUGGACCAGCUGAUCAUUACAGCUGGUUUCACAUGAUGUUUCUGCAGGUUGAUGGUUAGAAUCUGGAUCAGAACUUUGAGCCUGGGUUCAGUCCAGUUUAACCUUAGAGGUUGUGACGUUUUUAUAAAAGCAGAAAUGUGCACUGAAUCGUUGCUUCGUUCUGUAUUUCCUGAUGAUGUGUUAGAACUGGACCGGUUCCGGUCCAGUAUUCCCUCUGUCGCUGUCCCGGUCCUCUCGGAUCCAGACGAUGGUUCAGUUGUCGAUGGUUUGCUGCUGCACGCUUCAACCUUUAGAUCAGGGCUGUGUGUGAGAGAGAGAUGUAUUUAUAUUUCGAAUGUCCACAAAAUGUUUUUAAAGUGACAAAAUAAAUGUUGAAUUAAAGCAGG